AUCAUCAAAAAAGUGAUGGUUGAACAUAUUAUAGCGGCAGAACUCAUCCUGCCCGUAAAACUGACAGUACCUAAGAGGGCAAAAAAAUAAAGAGGUUGAUGCUUGCAAAAUGCAUGCAAUGCAAGUGUCAACAUGCAUUUCAGAACAGCUAAAUAAAAACCACAAUCUGCUGCUACUUCCAAACCCUGCAGCAGGUCAACAAGUCUGGAAUUGAGCAGACAUAGUCCUGCCAGAUAUAAAACAUUGCAAAAGUGUGCACAAACACAGGCUUUGACUUGUUAAAAGGGGCUACACACCUUUUUUAACACAUUCCACAGAUGAACAUAGCAGUGCUCGCAUGAAGACGACAACAACUAAACACAUUUACUAAUUCUCUUAUCCAUCUAUUAGGUAAGUUUUGUUACUACAUAUUUCAGUUACAAAGAACACAACUGUACAAAUAAGUGUGUGACUUGAUAUUGUGCCAAUGUUAAGACAGAAGUGCAAGCUGCUAGAAAGUACGAUUACGAUUAAAAUGUUCAGUUCCUUGCUUUGGGCUAUGGAGAUAUGGAGAAAUGCAACUUUAGGCAUUCUGUGUGUUCUAGUAAAGGCUUGGCUUGCUCUGACAUUUUAUGCAUUAGCAAGAAGUCAGAAGAAACUACUUUCAAAGUCCUCUGAGAAAACCAGCUAAUUUAGAGCAUUUUCUACAUUUUUACUUAUUCUACAGCUGUAUAUAUUGACAAAAUGAUCACUAAAAGCUACUAGAGUGAUGUUUGUGAUGUUUUUUGUUUCACAUUGGCUCAGAGGAGAUUGGAGAGAUGGCGGAGGAAGACUUUCGGCCUUUAUCAGAGGAAAUAAGUUCCUUCUGUCUGGUUACCGAGGCUCGUUCAGGGACACAAGUUACCCAGCCCUUCCCACGCUCUCCAAAACUGAUCAGGAGAACUGGAGCCAACUCUCCGAAACCCUCCGAGCUGCCUGUCUGGUUGGAUGACUUGAAGAAGGAGAGGAAAAAAACAGAGUCCCAUCUGGAAUCAAUUAAAAAGCGGCAAGCAAACCUGAAUACGAGUUCAGAGGCGAUGAAGCAGCAGGUACAGGAGUGCUUCGAGGAGCUACAUAUGGCUCUGCAGGAGGAUGAGAAGGCUGUUCUGGACAUGAUAGAGCAAGACCGCCGGGAGACCAGCAGUAAACUAAACCGAAUCCUUCAAGACUGGAAUCAACACCUCAGUCUCCUGCAGAAACACAUCAGUGCUAUUCAAUCAGCUCAACAGAGCCCAGCAGAGUCCAUGAAGCAGCCGUUUCCUGAGGAUUUUACAUUGGCUAGCUGUCGUAAGAAACUGGACCCAGCUGAAGGGGAGAUAAAAAUGAAUGAAGAAAGGAUCCAUAAGCUCAUGAAGGUUCUUAGGAAAAUCUCAAAAGAUCUGAAAGCCCAGCUCCAACGAAAGAGCCUGCUUCUGGACUCCUUCAAUGUGUCGAUUGACAAACAGAGCUGUCACAAACAGAUCAAGCUGACCUCAGAAGGACGGGGCCUGUGCCUUUCCUCAGAGGAUCGCUGCAUUCCCAAUGAGCCUCUGAGGUUUGAUCAAUUAUACUGCGCCUUGGGCUCUGUUGCUAUCACAUCUGGGCAGCACUACUGGGAGGUAGAUGUGCACUGCUGUCCAUCAUGGGCUGUGGGCGUGGCUUAUGGCAGCCUACAGAGGAGAGGACGCGACAAAGGUGCCAAGCUCGGAAGGAACAGGUGCUCGUGGAGUCUUGAGUUUCAGAAUGGGCAUCUCAUGGCCUGGCACAACGAUCGACAUGUGGCACUACCCGUCACAGCAGCUCGGGCAGCACCCAACAGAAUAGGGGUGUUUGUAAAGUAUCAGAAGGGCCGUCUGGUGUUUUAUGAUGCUGAGACUAUGAGAACGCUACAAGAUUUUUCAGCAGUGCAAACCGCUGUGUUUGAAAGAGCACAUCAUCAGUUUACUGAGCCUCUCUACCCUGCCUUCCGCUUUUUUUCACACAAAGACAAAGGCCAUGAUCAUAUGGAAAUAUGCGAUCUCAAUCUUUAGUUAUUAUUAGCCAUGAUAAAAACAAUUAAAUUAAUAAACAGUAUUUAUUUCAAGCAGAGAUCUUUUGUUACAUUGUUUUAGAACAUUACUGACACUUUUGAUUAUUUAAUCUUUACUGAAUAACAUCGUUAAUUUUUUUUUAAAAGACUUAAAAAAAAAAAAAAAGUUUGAACGGUAACGUAUAUUAUAUUUCUUAGAUAAAGGGCAAUCUUUAUGAGCAUUAACAGUUAUUAAUAGUGCAAGCAUAUAAUAUAUAAGCCUAUGUCUUGUACCAAAAAAGCAAAGGUUAUCAAGGUAAACUGGAGGAACGGUCAACUUUUCUACCUUAUGCAAAACAA